GCUCAGGAACCGUGCCAUUCAGAGCUUCCAAAACAUUCGACAAAACAGUGAAAUCAUGAAAUCGUUCGUACUUGUUGCUUUUGCCGCUGUUCUCGGCCUGGCUUUAGCCAGACCUGAUGAGAAAUACACCACCAAAUACGACAACAUCGACUUGGAGGAAAUUUUGAAAAGUGAUAGAUUACUCAAAAAUUACUUCAACUGCUUGAUGGAAAGGGGUACCUGCUCUCCGGAUGGUGAAGAACUCAAGAAGGCAUUGCCAGAUGCCUUGCACAGUGGCUGUUCAAAAUGUAGUGAGAAGCAAAAAGAGGGUAGCAAAAAGAUCAUCCGUUAUUUAAUUGACAACAAGCGAGACUGGUGGAACGAAUUGGAAGCCAAAUAUGAUAAAGACGGAGCUUACAGACAGAAAUACAAGGAAGAAAUUGAAAAAGAAGGUAUCAAAUUGUAAAUAAAUUUGUUUGUAUCCUACGCUGCUUUACAAGUUUUAAACUAAAUAAUUAGUUUGUGAUCCUUUUUGAAAUAAACGCUUAAGUGUAA